AUGUCAAAAGUGCCCUUUGGGGUUAAGGACUGUGGGAAGACGUGUUCAUCAGAUGGGGUUCAAGUGAUGUAUGAAGAAAGACUGAAGGAGAAACCACAACUAAAAGUGGAAUCCACAAGGAAAUGUUUUUCAUGUGAGGUGUCUGGCAAGGAAGUGUCUCAAAAGAGUCACAUCAACUUUAACAUGGGAGUCCACACAAAGGAAAAGCCAUACAACUGCGAGAUUUGCAAAAAGACAUUCCCAUCCAAAAGCGAUCUAGGAAAACAUGUUGAUGAGAAACCAAACAGCUAUGAAUUUUACAAGUACAUCUCACAGAAGCAUAAUCUGGUGAAGAAUAUGAGAGUGCAUACAAAGAAGAAAACAUAUAGCUGUGACACCUGCAGUAAGAAAUUUUCUGAGAGAAGUUAUCUUGUAAAGCACAUUAGAGAACAUACAAAAGAAAAGCCAUACAUCUGUGAAAUUUGCAAUAAUACCUUCGUAUGGAAAAGUUAUCUGGUGAGGCACAUUAGAACACAUACAAAGGAGAAGCCAUACAGUUGUGAAAUUUGUAACAAAGACUUCUUAAGGAAAUAUAAUGUAGCAAUUCAUAUGAGAGUACAUGUAAAGGAAAAGCAAUACAAAUGUGAGAUUUGUAACAAGAACUUUUCGCAUAGAGGUAAUCUAGCGAGUCAUAGGAGAUUACACACAAAGAAAACAUACAGCUGUGAGAUUUGCAAUAAGGUCUUCUAUGUGAAAAAGUAUGUAGUAAGGCAUAUGAGAGUGCAUACGAAAGAGAAACCAUAUAGCUGUGAGAUUUGCAAUAAAAACUUUCCAGAAAAAUAUAAUCUAGUAAUCCACAUGAGAGUACACACAAAAAAAGCUAGUCUAGUGAGACAUAUAAGAGUACACACAAAAGAGAAGCCAUUCAGCUGCAACAUUUGCAAUAAAACCUUCUCAAUGAGAAGUAAUCUACAUAUGAGAGUACAUAUGAAUGAGAAGCCAUAUAGCUGUGAAUUUUGCAAUAAGAACUUUGCUUUGAAAGUGGAUUUAGUAAAGCACAUGAAAGUACAUACAAAGGAUAAGCCAUAA